CGCGAUCCUCCUCACAUUCUUGAAUGGGUAUUGGCCUGUGGGAGCCUUCCUCCCACUCGUUCCUGUAAAUCGCCAUCUACAUCUACCUUCACCGCAUCUACCAGCCACUCUCUUCGACCUCUAACCGGACUUAUCGCUGCAGCACCUGCAAUAACAUCUGAAUCUUAUUUCGACUGGUCUCUCGAUCAGAUUUCAAGUAAACCGUCUCUCUUGCCAUACUCUAAUGCUCAAUCAGCCGGCCAAACAGAUGUUGCUUACCAUUCCACUACUGCCUCGGCUAGAUCCUUAGUCCCCUGCGAGGGCCAUUCAGACCCACAGCAUACUCUAGAGCCUGGUGCAAAGGAUAAAGUGCUUGUCGCUCUUCCUUUUUCGAGCCAAGUUCAUGCUACCAUAAGCGCUACAGGAGUGAAUUUGCGAAAUUCGACUUUGGAAGUACCAAAACAACAACAUGGUCGGAACACGGAUCAACAUAUGGCAGAAAUAUCAGCUUCCCGUUCCUUUUCACCAGAGGCAAUCAUUGCGCAUCCAAAAGCCCUAAGCUCAUCCACCUGCGUCUCCUCCAGCUUUUCCUUUUCGCCCUCCCUCCUAUCGUCUUCUCCGUGCCAUACUCACUCUUCAUCUUAUUCCUCCUCAGUUUCCUCCCUCGACUCUUCCAUUUUCAUGGGUCUCGGAGACGACCGAUUAGCUUAUGAAACCUCUUAUUCCUUCCUCGUCAACGGGCCCGAAAAAUUUCAUCCUGAUGAUCCUUGUAGGUGGAUUCAACUAUGGUGCGUCGAGUCUGGCUCACGACUUCCCUCAUUGGACAGUUUAUGA